AUGGACUACCAAAUAAAUAACUGCAUAGAUAUGAAUAAAGCACAAGAAGCGGGCAUAGAAAUAAGCCCAAAGUUAGAUCCAGUGUCAAUACCCAUUAAAGACUCACUAAAUAAAAAAGAAGAAGAAAGUAAUAGUAAUAGUAAUGGAUUAAUGGAAGUACUAAAAGACAGUGUAGACCUGGUUUGUUCUAUUAAAAAUUGUUUAUUUGACGGGUUUGAAUACUUUAAGAUGUUCUUGAAUAGUAUACUUGUGGUAAUUUACUCUACAUAUAUAUUAACAUUCUUAAAUACUGGAGCAUCUGUUUCUUCUCAAAUCACACCAAAAACACCAAUUCCAGUGACAGGUGUUAUUACAACUAGUAUCUGGGCUACAGUAUUUCAUAUAAUUAAUAUUGGUGUGCACGUGUUUAUUGCAUUUAUAUCUGUUAAAGAAAUUAACAAGUUUUCUUUAAAUACGCCUUCUUGGUCUAAAAGUAUUCGUAUAUUUUUCUAUAUAAAUCUUAUAGCUAAUAUAAUUAUUGCACUUAUGAUUGGUGCAUUUACUACAAAGAUUUUCUACACAUUAGAAUUUAUUUACUGGGCAACAAUUAUAUACGUAAUACAACAAAUAAUUUAUAUUUUAAACUGUGGUUUGGUUAGUCUUAUAAGUUACAUGCUCCCAAUGGAUGCAACAAAUAAUAUUUUUUUAUUGGUAAAUCUAACUCCAGAAACGUGCUUAUUAUAA